AUGCCUAAGAAAAGACACCAAACCAAAUACUCGAAGCCGCCAUCUGUCGCUCCACCGUCCCUCAGCUCCUCGUCUUCGUCGCAGGCGAACUCAGGACGUCAUGCCCGUUCGGUGAAUGAGCUCCUCGCUGAUAUGCGACGGAGUCGUUUGAACCCCCAUGCCGUUCAAGCCAGUUCACAGUUAGCCCCGAGCGUGCCGCCGUCCAUUCGCGAGAUCCUCCAAAUUCCCGAAACCCCCGCGCCGCCCCCGAGGCGGCCACAACGUCAGCGACGAGACGUUAACGGUCGAAGGAUACCACCUGGCCCACCACCUCCGCGAUCAUGGCUUUCGCUGCAUCAGCCGGUCCAUGCGCCUGCGACCUCGGAAGACUCUACCGUUGGAAGGAUGCAGCGUUGGCCUUUACCGGGCAUGUAUCAUCCUGAUGAUGGAAGCCUCGUCGAUAUUCUGUUGCGGCGCAUUGCGGCGGAUUGGCCUGCGCAGCGGGAGUGGAAUCGCUUCUAUCUCUACACGCUGCCUAGCAGGAUGAAGACGGCAUUGCUGUAUAAUGUGUCUAUACUGUACCGACCUGGGCUGUCUGUGGAGGACCUGAAACUAGUCCUCAUGGGACCCCCGCAGUCGGAGCUUGCCCAGUACGGCAUCGCGAUGCCAGAUGCCGGCAUAUUGAACGAGGAUAUGUUCUAUCUGGAUUUGACAGGUUUAGUGGGCCAAGGAGUGUCGCUGAAGGCUAUCGGCGACCUGCUCUUCCCAGCCACAGAUGUGUCUGACAGGGACCUUCAAGAGUCCUGGGAUGCCCCUGAACCCUCAAUAGGCCCAUCACAACUUGUGCCCAACCUUACACAUCUAUCCCUUGCCGUCUCACCUGGUGCAACUCAUCCCCCAUACUGGAGGCACCUUCUAUCUAUAUCGACCAAGAUGGGCUCGUUGACCCAUUUGAAUAUUUCAGGUUGGCCAGCGCCAUCCCUAACACCAAAUGCAAUGCUUGCUAAAGUGGUCUCCUCAACCACGGGAAGAACCUCAAACUAUGGCGGAACAAACCCAUAUAGUCAUAUUCUCGACGACGAUUGGUCCGAGGCAGUGCUAGUCCUCAGACGACUAAGCAAAGCCCUGUAUCGUCUCGAGUACUUGGACCUCACCGGGUGCGGUGACUGGCUCCCGGCACUGCGCAAGGAAGCCGAAAGUGAGGAUACGCAGAUCUCCGUGGAUUGGGCGUCGGAUUGGGGCAAAAUCACCACGUUAAAGCUGUGCUCCGGCUAUGUGGCAGAUGUGGAUUCAACGGCUCAGUUGACUAGGUUAUGGCAGUGGAAACAUCAGGCCGUUGCGGUCGAGAAGCAUAUCAUUGCUCAGCGAGCUGGCCGGGGCCGGUUUAUAAAUGUCGAAAUGGAUAUUCUGGUUGAUGAACCGAGAGUGGCUAAUGCUGGCUAG